AUGGCAAAGUUGGAGCCAUUUACAGGGGAAGGACACGAAUGGGAGGAGUACGUGGAAGUGCUGGAGCAGCACUUCAUCGCCAACAGCAUCGCGGUUGACAAGCAGCGUGCGGUGUUUUUGAGUUCGUGUGGAAGAUCGACGUACUCGUUGCUGCGACUUUUACUGGCACCUCGACGACCAAGUGAUGUCCCGCUCACGGAAAGUCUGCAGUUGCUGACCAAUCAUUACGCACCGAAGCCGUCGGCGAUAGUACAGCGGUAUCAUUUUCAUUGCCGGACACAAAGGGAUGGCGAAGCAGUCAAGGACUUCGUUGCGGAGCUGCGUAAGUUGGCGGACCCUUGUGCGUUCGGCGGGGAAUUAGAAAACAACCUGAGGGACCGAAUCGUGCAUGGUAUUCGGGACGAGGCAAUGAGACGGCGCCUGCUUGAAGAGUCUGAGCUAACACUGGACCGCGCUGUCAAGAUCAUUACCAGCAUGGAAGCCGCCGUUUCUGGCGCCAAAAUAAUGACCGGCCAGGCGGAUGGGGUGGCCAUUAACCGAGUGUCGAGGACUGGCGAGGUUGUUGGUGAUUGUUAUCGCUGCGGCGGGCGGCACCACGAGCGGUCGUGCAGGUUCAGGAAUCUGCGGUGUUUUUCUUGUCAGAAGAGGGGCCAUGCAGCAAAGAAAUGCACAAGUAGACAAGAACCGGGAACAAGUCUGCAAGGCACGGAACAUAAAGAUGGACGGCAGGGAGUCGGACUGGCCAGAUCUCAACCUAGGCGUGCGGUGAUGGUCGUGGACCCGGUAGACGCAGCAUCCGACGACGGAACCGGAGAGACAGACGUUGGCAAUUUGUGGUCUCUAGAGGGUGGUUCGACGAAUGCCGCUGCUCCACAGUCUGACGUUGUGAAUGUUCUGGAACCAAAGGUGCCCCCUAUUUGCGCCACGGUACUUGUGGAAGGUCAGUCGCUACGCAUGGAAGUUGAUACGGGGGCCGUCUACUCGGUGAUUGGUGAGGCGGAGUUCACGAGACUGUUUCCGGGGAUGGCGCUGGAAAAUUCCGACCUCAAGCUGAGAGGCUACUUCGGACAUCAAUCAGCGGUCGUGGGGAAGGCGACAGUGAUUGCCAAAUUCGGAGGAAAGCACGCUCGACUGCCGUUGUUCGUCGUCAAAGGCGGCUCGCGGGCCUUGCUGGGGAGGAACUGGGCAAAAGCUUUUGGUAUGCCGCUCGACAGUCUGCUGAAUGUGCACGCAGUCAAUGACGUGAAGGACCUGGUAAGCCGAUUCCCUGAAGUGUUUUCAGAAGGCCUCGGUAACUUUGCCGGAGUGAAGGCCAAGAUAAGAGUGCCAGAGGACGCAACACCACGUUUUUUCAGGCCGAGACCAGUACCAUUUGCUCUGCAGGACAUGGUGGCGCAGGAACUACAACGGUUGCAGCGAGAAGGUAUCAGGCCAGUGCGCACUGCGGAAUGGGCAGCGCCGUUGGUUCCAGUUCUGAAGAAGGACGGGAAAAUCAGAUUGUGCGGAGACUUCAAAGUCACGGUAAACCGGGCAGCAGAUAUCGAGACGUACCCAGUGCCACGGGUCGAAGAAAUCUGGGCACAGCUUGCGGGAGGCGUGAAGUUCUCGAAGUUGGACCUUCGGGAUGCAUACCAACAAGUGGAGUUGGAUGAGGAGUCUAAGAAAUUGGUGACUAUCAACACACAGCAGGGACUAUUUCAGUACAACCGAUCGCCAUUCGGAGUGGCAUCGGCACCUGCAAUUUUCCAGCGCGAAAUGGAGAGCCUGCUUCGCGGUUGCCGCCAGACUGUCGUGUAUUUCGACGAUAUACUUGUGUCUGGGGUCUCCGAAGAGGACCAUCGUAACAAUCUGGAGGAAGUGCUGCGACGACUGAGUGGCGCAGGGUUAAGGUUGAAGCUCCAGAAAUGCGUGUUCGAGGCAACAAGCGUGGAGUACCUGGGAUAUGUCAUUGACAAGCAUGGUCUGCACCCAGCACCUGAGAAGGUUGAGGCCAUUGUACGAGCACCAGCCCCAUCUGACACACGGGAGUUGCAGAGUUACCUCGGGCUCCUCAAUUUUUACCGAAGAUUUCUGCCGAACUUGUCAGCGGUGCUCCACCCAUUGCACGUCUUGCUCAAGAAAGGCACGUCAUGGCACUGGGGGGCCAAACAGGAAGCAGCGUUUGCUCAAAGUAAGCAGUUACUGACAUCUGCAGAGGUGUUAGUUUAUUAUGACCCUAAGUUACCCCUAUUACUGUGUUGUGAUGCAUCGCCUUAUGGCAUUGGAGUUGUGCUGGCACAUCGGCUGCAGACCGGAGAGGAGAAGCCUGUAGCGUUCGCAUCAAGACGACUAACGUCAGCUGAAAAGAACUACAGUCAGUUAGAUAAGGAGGCGCUGGCAGUGGUGUUCGGUGUGCUAAAGUUUCACCAGUUUGUGUGGGGAAGGUCAUUUGAAAUUUUCACGGACCACAAACCGUUACUGGGACUUUUCGGCCAUGAGAGCCGCAUACCCCUUCAGAGUUCACCAAGGGUGCUGAGGUGGGCUCUGACACUGAGCGGCUACAACUACCGAUUAUGCUACAGACCAGGAGCAAGCUUGGGAAAUGCAGACGCUUUGAGUAGGCUACCGCUUGCUAGGGCACCGCCGGAGGAUUCCAGGAUUCAGGAUGUGUUCAUGUUGGAAGGUGUAUACCCAGGUGUCCUCUCAGCAGCUGUGGUGGAGUCGGCAACCGAUCAGGACCCAGUGUUAGCUCCCUUGCGUGCGGCGUUGUGGUCUGGAGAACACUUGCCACCAGGGCAAGAGUGGCGGCCUUUUGCAAACCGAAUGGAGGAAUUUUCGGUAAUGGAGGGCUGUGUGCUACAAGGGAGCCGAGUGGUUGUUCCAGUAUCACUAAGGGCGGCAGUGUUGGACCUUUUGCAUGAGAGUCAUCCUGGAGUGGAAAAAAUGAAGUUGGUGGCCCGUAGUCAUGUGUGGUGGCCAGGCAUUGAUGAGGACAUCGCUAUGAAGGUGGGCAGGUGCACGGUCUGCCAGGUACAUCGGAAAGCUCCCAGGGCAAUGCAGCAGGCGCCAUGGCCAUUCCCAGAGCGAGCGUGGUCUCGUCUACAUGUUGAUUUUGGUGGGCCGUUUCAAGGUGUGUACUUCUUAGUACUCGUGGAUGCAUACUCUAAAUGGGUGGAAGUGGUCAGAGUGGCAUCACCGUCGGCAGAGGCAACCAUUGCAUGCCUCCGCACCAUCUUUGCUAGCCAUGGAUUACCGGAUGUCGUCGUGAGCGACAAUGGACCGGCCUUCACAAGUGCAACCUACAAGUCGUUCUUGGCUCGCAAUGGGGUGCGUCGUAUUUUGAUCCCACCAUACCAUCCCUCAUCCAAUGGGGCCGCUGAAAGGGUCGUACAAACUGUAAAGGACAAGCUCAAGAAGACGCGGCCUGGGGAUUUUGAAUGUCGAAUUGCUAGAAUUCUGUUAGCAUACAGAAGCACACCCCAUGCCCUCACCGGUCGUUCCCCGGCUGAACUAUUGAUGGGUCGACGCCUGAAGACAGCGUUAGAUUUGCUGAAACCAGACUUGCGCAGCAAGGUGCAAUUCCGACAAUUGCAGCAGAAGGUGCACAGUGAUUUUGCUGCUAGGAGGGAACCAGCUUCCCAUGUUGGUGACACUGUCUGGGCGAGGAACUUCAGGUCCGGCGCCAGGUGGGUGCCUGCAGUCGUCGGAGCAGCCACCAGUUCUUCAUCAACUGAAGUGCAGCUGGCAGAUGGCACAGUGUGGAACCGACAUGCAGACCACCUGCGGCGCCGCAUCGGUGGCACAGACGACAGGCCUAUACCUGGAAGAGGCAGCGGCGACGAGCAUCAGACCCAAGCGCUCAUGCAGCCAUUAUUGGACGACAAAGAAGCAACGACGCCAGUGCGUUCCGCCACCCUGGGAUAUGACGCGCAAACAAGUGUGCUACCUUGGCCGGCAGAACCAAGUGACCAAGCAAGUACCAGUCCUUCUGGCGCCCCAACUAUUCCCCAGACACCGGUGAUUCGGCGGUCGAUCAGAGUGCGCCAACCCUUGCAACGGUAUUCACCGUAG